CAAAGCGUCUCUGGAAAUGUCGGUGAGCGAACCGUGUGGACCUAUUUGCCUGGCAAUUGAUGCUAGUGAACAGGCGGAAGAAGCCUUUAAUUGGUACUUAAAGUUUAUCCAUAAACGAGACUACAAACUGAUUCUCAUCCACGUUCCUGAAAUACUGGAUGGGGAGAAGAAACGAGUUGGUUACACGGCGUCAGGAUGGGAAGAAGCUCUGAAGAAAGAGCAAGCAAAAGUUAUCGAGCUGGAACAAAAAUACCAAACGAAAAUUCUCGAGAACGGUUUAUCUGGGAGAAUUCGAUCAGAGCAGGGAGGUAAACCAGGCGAAGUGAUCGUACGUGUUGGGGAGGAAGAGAAAGCCUCUCUGAUAGUUAUGGGAACUAGGGGAUUGGGAAAAGUUCGACGAACCAUAAUGGGAUCCGUCAGCGACUAUGUUGUUCACCAUGCCAAAUGUCCUGUUCUCAUUUGUCGACAAUAA